GGCUAUUUUUUAUUUAAAAUAGUGGCAGCCUAGCGUGCCGACAAUGCGAGCUUAGGUUAUGCAAAAGGUACUAUUAGAAAUAUACCUACAGCUUUUUGAUUAAAUAAAAAUGAUGUCGCUUAUGUCGACAAUGCGUGCUCUAACCGUGCGCCAACAUAACGGCGCUGUUUCCCGGUCCUUGCAUUUGACAGCUAUAAUGGAAGCGGCAAGAAAAGGCACCCGCGAGAAAGCACGCAAAAAAAAGGUUAAAGUUGAGGUAAAGAAGGUUGGCUUCAUACCACACAACCAGCGUGAUAAAAAGAUCAACGUGCAGCGUGCAGACAAGCAUGUAGACGACUCCUGGAAGCAAAUUCCCAAGGACAAUGUUUACGUCGGCCGCUACUAUCGCUGGCCCGUAUACACAGUAGUCGAGGCCAUAAAGUGUCAUCGAGAGACUCACCAUCCCAGUAUGUACAACGUGACAAAUGCGCCACUUAAUGUUGAAAUCGAGCUUAAUAUGCAGGGUGAGAAAGCCACAAGAUUUGUCGAUAAUUUCCAGCGUAUGGCGAUGAUACCGCACAAAUUUGAUCACGGGGAAGACCGAAAAAUUAUUGUGUUCACUAAAGGCAAUGACGAAAUUGCAGAGGCACGCGAAGCAGGCGCCUCUUUGGUUGGUGGAGUCGAGCUGAUCAAGGACAUCACAAACGGCGAGCUGCUGCUAACUGAUUAUCAGUACAUAAUUGCCCAUCCAAACAUUUUGGCGGAGCUUGUGGCGCUCCGUGGUCUUAUGAAGCGUAAAUUUCCAAAUCCUAAAAGUGAGACUCUGGGCGUGAAUUUGGCUGAAAUGAUAAAUAAAUUCUCCAGCGGCAUUAGUUACAGUGCCAUCAAGGAUGAAUACCAACAAAAUUUUGGCUUAAUAAAAACCAGUGUCGGCCCUUUAAGCAUGAAUGAUCAACAGCUAGAAGAGAACUUGCGUUACCUUUUGAAGAAUGUUGACAGCAUGCGCCCCAGACGUGAGGGCCGAUUCAUAACGCGUGUGCUUCUCAAAAGCCCUCCGAGUAGCGAACAGCUGAAGAUCGAUCCGUUUUUGUAUGUACCAGAGCUUUACGAUAAAGGCGCAGAAAAAGUUAAGACCGAAGCAGCCCGAGACUCCAGCAGGGAUGAAGACACAACGGAGAAAGUUGUCGCAACUUCCGCGAAUUAGUGAUUAAUCUGGCUUCUUUGUUGGAAUUAAAGUCAUUUAUUGUUGAGAUGUAUUGUGCAUACGCA